AUGGAUAAAGGAAAGGAGAAGACAGAAGAAGCAUGGGUGAACUCCUUCAUCGAGAGGACCCAAAGCAUUGGUAGCCGUCCAUCACAGAUUGAUCCAUGUACCAUCUGCCGCGUCCCCAGAAGCAUUCGCCAGGGCGACCCUGAUGCCUAUGAGCCACAAAUCGUCUCGAUCGGCCCGUACCACCGGGCCAACCAAAGCCUACUAGCCAUGGAAGAGUACAAAUGGCAGCAUCUAAAUGCACUCCUCUCUCGGGACCAUGAUCAUUCCUUGCGUGAUUACAUCAAUGAAAUCCAGCAGUUGGUGGACUGGGCCCGGUGCUGCUACUCGGAGAACAUCAAAUUCAGCAACGAGGAGUUCGUAGAGAUGAUGGUCUUGGAUGGUUGCUUCAUCAUCGAGCUCUUUCUCAACAUCGACGGAAAGCGAGCCGUUGAUGAGAUGGGCCCCAUUUAUAGUACUAAAUGGAUGGUGGCUCUUAUAGGCCAGGACAUGCUCCUUUUAGAGAACCAGCUUCCUUUCUUCAUUCUCCAACAUUUGUUUGACCUACUCAACAGGUCAAACUCUUCUUCCCUUGUCGAUCUGGCCCUUAAUUUCUUCGCUUACGUCCUACCAAGGAAUCAGGAAAUCCGACCGUCCAAAGUGGUCCAUCAUGAUCAUUUGCUUCAUUUGUUUCACUCGCAUGUCAUACCAACUCCACGAGUGGGCCCCACCACAACAUUUGACCAUGGAUCUCCAUCACUGACUAGAUCAAUCCCAUCCAUUACGGAAAUCCAACAGGCCGGGAUCAGGCUCAAGAAGAAGGCGGGCAAUUUCUUGGAUGUAACGUAUCAGAAAGGUGAGAUCCAAAUCCCAACACUGUCCAUCUAUGAUUCAAUUACAAAAACUCUAUUUCGAAACAUGAUUGCCUUCGAGCAAUGUCAUCCGAAGUCCGGAUCAUACUUCACAAGCUACGCUAUCUUCAUGUAUUGUAUUCUUGAAACGACAAAGGAUGUAACGGUGCUCAAGCAAAACAGGAUCAUUGAACAUUGGCUGGGCGAUGAUCAAGAGGUGGUCCAUCUCUUCAAACGGAUGUGCCAGGGACUGACCGUUGAUUUCAACGACAAUUACCUCUUGGGAAUGAUUAAUCAUGUGUCUGAGUUUUGCAACAGCAAAUGGAACGCGUGGUGGGCCACGUUGAAGCGUGUUUACUUCGGUAACCCAUGGUCUGUAUUCCAAGUCGAAGUAACGAUUUUCACCCUGGUGUUCACCAUGGUGCAGGCCUUCCUUGCCAUCAUGACCUACUACCGCCCACGGGCUUAA